AUGUCGACGGUGCUCUCUGGGUAUGAGGCCGUCUACAAGUUGCAUCGAUGUGCGUGGAAAUUGGCCGCGAGGACGGACGUGCGCACUGGUCGAAGCAACAUCGACGGCUCGGGCCCGUUACAAUGGGGUGCAGCAGCCCACCUGCGAUGGCUCGAUGGCACCUCAGCAGUCAAGAAUCUAUGGCGGAUCGUUCGGGAGCGGUGCAUUCGAUCGGUCUUCAGCGUUGCGGCCGGGCGACGGCCGUUCGAGCUCGAUGCUCCUGUCCGCGGCCUCGGCGCCAGAGUCGGCCGAGUUGGACUGAAUGACUUCGCGCCGGGCACGAUCGGUUCCUGCCUUCUGCCCUCGUCGGGCGCGCACCUCGUCACGUCAAAUCGUACCACGAUGCAGUCCCUGAUGCCAGACUGGCACGUCGGGGAGACGCGAUACACCCAAUCCAAGUCCACAAAAAGCUCGGUGUACACGCUCACUCAGUAGGUCGCCCUUCUUUCCUCCUUCUCAUCUGGUACGACCAACCGCCGGCACUUACGCGCUUGACGCGAUUGACAUUCCAUGCUUUCCACCCCAUAGUCCCACCGAGAAUAUAUACAUCUGCUCUUGCCCCGCAUGGAAGUUCAGUCCCGGUCGGAGGGUGGCCAAGACGUGCAAGCAUCUUCGUGAAGUGUUGGGAUCAGAGUGAGUCAUGCGAGGCGACCAAGAAGGCACGAGCGAGACACGCGUCAUCCCACGCGAUGUCAACUCAAGAGAAGGGUUGACAUCUUUCUCAUCUUAUCGUGUAUGCUGUACUCAUAGUUUCGAGACGCAACGCACGGGCGUAGCAGAGACUCUGGCUCAGGCAGAGAAGCGCAAGGCCGAGGCGGCCAAAUCCGCUCGACUCUACGCCGCCGUUCCCAUGGCCUCGUCGUCGUCGACCCCUUCGGGCCCCGCGACCCAAGACGCAGCCUCGAGCGCAUCUCAACCUGGUUCUGAUCCGGAUGGUGACCCCCCGAAGAAGGUGCGCAAGACCAGGGCCAAGUCGACGACCGCUUCGAACGCCACGACCAAGAUUGCGGCGCCACCUGUCGAUGUUGACAAUGCACUCGAGACCGGUCGAUCCGAACCUGGUCCGAGGCCUUUGCUGUUGGCGCACAAGUUUAAUGGCGAAAAGAUGGAUCCGACUGGUUACUGGAUGUCAGAGAAGCGUGAGUGUGCCUCUCGAGUGCCCCGUGACGAUAUCCAGGGCUGAGAUCGAGCGCUUCUUCACUCGCGGCAGUUGAUGGAGUUCGUGCAUACUGGGACGGGCGCGGCGCGAUGUGGUCUCGGAAUGCCAAGCAGUUCGUUGGCGUGCCCCAAUCCUUCCUCGAUAGUGAGUGGCUCGUCUAAAAUGAGAUGCGGCGAAACAUAGUCUGACGAGGGUGUCUCACUACCACAGAGCUUCCUCGCGGGGUCUCGCUGGACGGUGAAUUCUGGCUCGGUCGUGAUCGCUUCGAUGAGAUCUCGGGUCUUGUGCGUCGUAUCGAACCAGACGAGGAGGACUGGAAACCGAUCAAGUUUAUGGUAGGUGGUAUUCUUAUCUCACUGUCUAGAGUCGAGUGCAGUGGCUGAGCCCUGCGCCCACUGAGCAGAUCUUCGACAUUCCCUCGCUCUUGCAUCUCAAGUUCGAGGAUCGACAUCGCGCGCUGGCUUCCUUCGCCAGUCCAGAUGGCCCGAUCGCGGUCGUUGCCCAUAAGGAAUGCUUGUCCCUCGAUCAUCUCUAUGAGGAGCUCGAGCGCGUUCAAGCUGGAGCUGGUGAAGGGUGCGUGGUUUGCUCGUCUUCGAGUCAGUCUGGCCCCAAGCUUAGCCAAAGUUGCUCUUUUUCCUUGCAGUUUGAUGCUUCGUGCACCCGGAUCAAAGUACGAGGGACGUCGUCACAAGUCGCUUUUGAAGGUCAAGUCGUUCGACGAUGCCGAGGCUCGAGUCAUAGGUCACGUGGUUGGCACGGUCAGUCAUGCGGCUCGGUCACCUGUGUACGUCGCCUAGAUGCACAGUCUGAUCUCUGUUAUGUUGUCCGACACAGGGAAAGUACAUCGGAGUGACUGGAUCCUUGAUCUGCGAAACGGAGUCGGGACAACGCUUCAGUGUUGGUUCGGGUCUCUCGGACGCGCAACGCUCGGAUCCACCACCCGUAGGUCACCCACCACAUCUGGAUCUUCUCGUACAUCAAGACAACCCUACUGACACGCAAACCUUGACUCGACGACUCAGAUUGGCUCUAUCAUCACCUACCGAUUCCAAAACCUGACAACAAGCCGCAUCCCUCGUUUCCCGACCUACCAAGGUAUCCGAGCCGACAUGGACGAGCCCAAAGAUGCGUUCGAUCCCGCGAUGGUAGUCCCGGAGGAACCGCAGAUUGUCGUACCGAAAUUUGAGGAGGGUGGAAGUGGUGGCGCUGUGCCCAGUGGAAGUGGGAAGGUUCAGAAUGAAGACUGA